CUUGCUGCUGCCGGGCCCAUCCAAAUCCGAGAGGUAGCAUCUCUGGACCAAGCUGCUACCGCUGAGGCUCACCCCAGGGACAACACUGCUACCCGCGCCUUUUCCAACGUCCAGAUCAAGACUUCUGAUGGCAAAUGUCUGAGCGUUGACCCCCUCUCUGGAGACUUCCGAGCAAACUUGACGCCCAUUCAGAUCACCGACUGCGGCAGCAAGGAUGGCCAGGGCUGGGAUGUCAUCACUUCCGGCGUUCACAAUGACCAAAAGGGCGAGGCUCUGAUCGUGAGCACCCUUACGCAGGCCUGCUUCAACUUUGACCCUCGACGUGCUGCUGGCAACCAGGUCCUCCUCUUCUCGUGCGGUGGACGAGCCGAUGGCGGCGGCCAAGUCACCAACUCUCAGCUGUUUGCCUUUACUGGAGGAAAUGGCCCUCUGAGCUUCACCCCUGGCAAUGAUCCCACCAAGUGCUUUGCUGCCAAGGGCAACGUGGUUGACAUUGCUGACUGCAACGCCAAUGAUGCUACACAGAAGUUUACUUUUGGCGGCUCUGCUGGCGGUUCCGGCAACAACAACAACGGUGGCUCUGCUGCCAGCUCGGCUGCUGCCAGCUCCGAAGCUGCUGCAACUCAAGCCUCUUCUACCUCAGCCGCUGCUGUGACGAGCGCUGCUGCUGCUGCUUCUUCCAGUGCUGCCCCUGGCAGCUCUCAGACAACUGCCGCCCCGCCGCCUGCCAUCACCGGCAACCCGACGACCCCCGUGCCCGUCUCCGGAGCUGGAGGCACCCUGAACCCCUCUGCCGUUGCCGAGGCCCAGAAGUUUGAUGCCACUGCUGUCCGACCUCUGGAGAGCGUCAACAUCCGCGCCGCUGAUGGCCGAUGCUUCUUUGUCAACCCGACUGCCGGUGAUUUCCGCGAGAACCUCAUCCCCGUCGGGCUCGCCAAGUGCAGCGAGGAUGCCAGCCAGAAGUUUGACAUUGUCACCAAGGGAGUCCACGACGACGCAAAGGACGGCGAGGCGUUGAUUGUCAGCGUGCUCACCAACGGCUGCAUCAACUUUGACCCCCGCAGAGCCGCCAACGACCAGGUGGUUAUGUUUUCUUGCGGCGGACGCGCCGAUGGAAGCGGCCAAACCGCGACUUCGCAGCUGUUCCCCUUCAAGGCGGGCUCCAACAACAUCCUCCUUACACCGGCGUCGGCUAACAACAAGACUUGCUUGGUUGCUGGUGCUAACAGGGUGGAGUCUGCGCAGUGCAGUGGCCAGAAGGAUCAGGUCUUUGAGCUGGUGGAG